UUCCCUGAGUGUGGCUUCUACGGCAUGUAUGAUAAGAUCCUGCUCUUUAAGCAUGACACCUGCACCAACAACAUCCUGCAGCUGGUCAAGGCCGCCUCCGACAUCCAGGAGGGAGAUCUGGUGGAGGUGGUGCUCUCAGCGGCGGCCACCUUUGAGGACUUCCAGAUCCGUCCUCAUGCGCUGAACGUCCACUCGUACCGGGCGCCGGCCUUCUGUGACCACUGUGGCGAGAUGCUGUUCGGACUGGUGCGACAGGGCCUCAAGUGUGAUGGUUGUGGGCUGAACUACCACAAGCGCUGCGCCUUCAGCAUCCCCAACAACUGCAGCGGGGCGAGGAAGCGGCGGCUGUCCACCACGUCUCUGACCAGCCAGUCUCUGACCAGCCAGUCCAUGCGCCUGUCCACCACCGAGUCCCUGAGCACCGUCAGCUCCAGCACCGCCUCGGAGGAGACCAGCCUCGUACGCUCACACACACAGAUGCCCCGGACCCCGAGCGAGGCGCGGCGCUUCUACACGUGCCGGCCGGUGCAGCUGGAUAAGAUGCUGAUGAGUAAGGUCAAGGUGCCACACACCUUCGCCGUGCACUCCUACACCCGACCCACCGUCUGCCAGUACUGCAAACGCCUGCUCCGAGGCCUCUUCAGACAGGGCCUGCAGUGCAAAGACUGUAAGUUCAACUGCCACAAGCGGUGUGCCUAUAAGGUGCCCAACGACUGUUUAGGGGAAACUAUAGACAUCUUGAGUCCCAGUGCGGACCCUGAGGUUCCGAUGGACUACAGCAGUGAGUAUGCCGAGUCGGAUAAGUCCUCCCUGAUGGACGACUCUGAUGAGUCCUGCAGCAUCCCCGGGUCCUUCUCCCCCGACAGCGGCCAGGACGGGAACAGUGGGGACCAGAGUGUGAAUAUCCCCCUGAUGAGAGUGGUCCAGUCCAUGAGGCAGACCACACGGCGCUCGAGCACUUCAAUCAAGGAAGGCUGGAUGGUCCACUACAGCAACAAGGACACGCUGAGGAAGCGGCACUACUGGCGUCUCGACUGCAAGUGCAUCAUCCUCUUCCAGAAUGACACCACCAACAAGUACUACAAGGAGAUCCCUCUGUCGGAGAUCCUUGAGAUGAGCCCAGCUCUAGACUUCACUCUGGUGCCCGCUGGUACCAGCCCUCACUGCUUCGAGAUCAUCACAGGCACCAUGCGCUACUUCGUGGGCGAGGACCCCAACCCCCCCCUGCCGCCCAACACUGCUGCCCCCCCCUCCCCCAGCAGCGUGGCGCCCAAUAGCGGUGUGGGUCGGGAAGUCGCCAAGGCCUGGGAGAGUGUUAUUCGCCAAGCCCUCAUGCCCGUCAUCUUCCAGGACGCCCCCCCUGCAGAGGGCAACACCCCCCACCGACAAGCGUCUGUGAGCAUCUCGGUCUCCAACAGUCAGAUCCAGGAGAACGUGGACAUUGGGAUGGUGUACCAGAUCUUUGCAGACGAGGUGUUGGGCUCCGGACAGUUUGGGGUGGUGUAUGGCGGCAAACACAGGAAAACAGGGCGCGACGUGGCGGUGAAGGUGAUUGACAAGCUGCGCUUCCCCACCAAGCAGGAGUCUCAGCUGAGGAACGAGGUGGCCAUACUGCAGAGUCUGCGGCACCUGGGGAUUGUGAAUCUGGAGUGUAUGUUUGAGACGCCCGAGAAGGUGUUUGUUGUCAUGGAGAAGCUCCACGGUGACAUGUUGGAGAUGAUUCUGUCCAGCGAGAAGGGCAGACUGCCCGAGAGGCUCACUAAGUUCCUUAUCACACAGAUCCUGGCUGCCCUGAGGCAUCUGCACUUUAAGAACAUAGUGCAUUGUGACCUGAAGCCUGAGAAUGUGCUGCUAGCCUCCGCCGAACCUUUCCCUCAGGUCAAGCUGUGUGACUUCGGCUUCGCCCGCAUCAUCGGUGAGAAGUCGUUCCGGCGCUCGGUGGUGGGCACACCCGCGUACCUGGCGCCGGAGGUGCUCCUGAACCAGGGCUACAACCGCUCCCUGGACAUGUGGUCAGUGGGGGUCAUCAUGUACGUCAGCCUGAGCGGCACCUUCCCCUUCAACGAGGACGAGGACAUCAACGACCAGAUCCACAACGCCGCCUUCAUGUACCCCCCAAACCCCUGGAAACAGAUCUCUCCCGAGGCUAUUGACCUCAUCAAUAACCUGCUGCAGGUGAAGAUGAGGAAACGCUACAGUGUGGAUAAAAGCCUCAGCCAUUCCUAUCUGCAGGACUACCAGGCGUGGCUGGACCUGCGCGAGCUGGAGACCAAACUGGGUGGGCGCUACAUCACCCACGAAAGCGACGACAGCCGCUGGCAGAGCUUCGCCCGCGACCACACCCUGCCCUACCCCGCACACCUGGUGCCCCCACCCACCACCGAGGAGGAUGAAGAGGAGGGGUGCGGAGAGGACGCGGACAUGCAGGGGCUCACAGAGAGAGUCAGCAUCCUGUAAAGAUGGAGAGAGAGAGAGAGGAGAGGAGAGGAGGAGGAGGAGGAGGAGGAGGAGGAGGAGGAGAGAGGGGAGGCUCAAGGAGGGUGUUAGCAUUCUGUGAGGAUGAAGGAGGAGAGGAGAAGGAGAGAGGGAGAUAGGCUCACCAAACGCAUAUAAUGAGGAUGAGGAGUAGAGGGAGAAGGGGGAAAUUAAAAAGGUGAGAAGACAGGAGGAGCAAACUCCUUGAGUACUUCAGCAUCUUGACAGGAGAGGGAGGGAGGGAGGGAGGGAGAGCAGAGGAGAGGCUCCCUUAAUUCUAUUCACAUUCUUGAAGGACUGAGUGGAGACAAGGAGAAAGCGACAACGAGGGAGGGCAGUCCAGAGGACACCCAAAGUCAAGAGGCGGGGAUCAUUGGGAUAGUACCCGAGUCCGAAGCAGACCUGCCUCUGGUCUCAAAUCAGCUGGAUCAGAGGGUGGGGAUCAUUGGGAUAGUACCCGAGUCCGAAGCAGACCUGCCUCUGAUCUCAAAUCAGCUGGAUCGGGCCCUGCGCACGGAAUUAGACACAGGAGAAUAGUUUUUCCCAUUGCCACUGACGCUAUGUAUGACGCAGUAAAAUAAAGUGAAUUAAUCCA